AUGGCCGAUCCUUUAUCGAUCGCCGCCAGCAUUGCCGGUCUCAUUUCGCUCGCCGACAUCGUCUUCACCCGCCUGAUUAAAUACAAAAAGUCAGUCAAAGAUGCCGAGAAAGAACUCGGUGACUUGGCGAAAGAGGUCAAUCUCCUCGGAGGUGCCCUUAACAGCCUUGCCCGUCUAGCCAGAGCCCUGGAAGCAGGGUCCUUCGACAGCAACCUCCGCAUGCACAAUAUCGAAGAUUGCAGUGACAGCUUGACAGCAAUGGACAACGAGCUGAGCAAGAUCGACCUGAAAUCCAUCAGAACCAAACUUUUCCGCCCGAUAUCCUCGGAUCAAGUCCGAGAAUGGCUCGAUAUGCUCUCCCGCCACAAGCAAAACAUCAACUUGGCUUUGUCGGCGGAUUCAAUGGAUGCCAUGCUGAAGCUUCUCGCAAAAGAAGAUGAAAGUGUCGAGAUUGUCAAAGAGACACGCAGAAUCACAAUCCGAAUCGACAAGGUGAUGGAAGACGAGAGACUGCUGGGCUUUUACGUGCAUCACAAUCCCCAACAAAACUACGAUAUGAGUCUUCGUCUGCGGCAUGGCAGAACUGGUUUAUGGCUCACUCGGCUUCCCCAAUUUCAACGAUGGCUAUCGAAUCCUGACUCUCGACUUUGGCUGAAGGGAAUUCCUGGAGCUGGGAAAACUGUUCUUGCUGCCUCGAUUGUCGAAGCUGCGCUGGGGCAAUGUGCCGAGUCGAUCGCAUGCGCUUUCUUUUUUUGUGAUUACAAGGUGUCUAUUACGCAAAAUAUUGAUACUAUCCUCUUGGCUAUUGUAUACCAGUUGGGCUUGCAAAAGAUGGAGGCGUACGACUUACUGAAGCAUCACUACGAAGAAUAUCACCCAGGUAACGGAUUACCGAGACAGCCGAGCGAAGAAGAGGUGAAGGCGAUACUACACAGAAUCUUGAAGAUGUACGACCAUGUAUAUCUGGUUAUCGAUGGGCUCGACGAGUGCGGUAAGCACACCACUGAUGUGACCAGUGCCCUUGCGGGAAUUUCAAGGGCAUCAACAAAUGUAUCAAUCGCAUUAUUGAGUCGCGACGAGGACGAGGUGCGAUACCACCUGUACGAAGAUUUUGUUCCUAUCGAAGUUGCGGCCCACAAGCAAGACAUAAUCGAGUAUGUCACGACAGAGAUCGAAGAAAGAACAAGAAACCGAAAGCUUGACCUUCGUGAUCCAGAACUCAAAGCUGAAGCGCUGUCCCGGCUGGUUGAUGGCGCAAACGGAAUGUUUAGAUGGGUAGCUUGUCAACUAGACCAUCUUGCAGAAUGCGAUUCAGCCCAGGAAUGCCGAGAUGCACUGCAGUCGCUCCCCCCUACCCUGAACGAAACCUAUAUACGUAUACUGGAAAGAAUUCCACCGAAGAAGAUACGCAUUGUUCAACUCGCAUUACAUGCAAUAGCUUUUGUAGUGCCCCCUUUGAAUAAGAGAGAACUACAACACCUUCUCUCAGUGCCAGAGUGUGGUUCGAAUUUUGACCACCGUCAUGUCAUCGGGGAAGAGGCUAUCACGAAAUAUUGCAGUAGUCUCAUACGUCAGUCAGCGGACAGAACAUAUUUCGAGUUCUCCCAUUUCUCAGUUCAAGAGUUUCUCGAAGGAGGCUCUUUUCCUGGACAGCAACUCGAAGUCUUCCGUAUAUCGAGCUCCACAUCUGACUCCUUGCUGGCGGUUGAGUGUCUCAAGUACCUCUUGCUAGGAAACUUUACUCGUCUGAGCAUCGACGAAGUCAUUUUAGCAGAAGAGACUGGCCAGCGCGACGAAGCUUAUCCAUUGUACCCUCACGCUGCUACAAGCUGGCAAAUUUACGCGAGCGAGCACUGGGAAAACCCAGCUGUAAAAGCCCUCGUGAGGACGCUUUUUGACCCAGAAAAAACAUCUUGCUUCUGCUUAUGGGCAACGAAGUUCCUGUCUCGGCAGAAUGACCGAGCGUACGAGAAUAUUAUGGCAUCAAUUCUGCCUCAUCCCGAUUUCACCCCGUUACACAUGGCUGCACUUCUCUCAUUGCCUCAAAUCUGUUCGUAUCUUUUACAUCAGGGGGUUGACGCGAAUCUGCAAAGCCCUAUGGGUAGUCCAUUGCAGUGUGCGAUUCAAGGGCUAUUGUGUCUUAACCAUUUAGAAGAUUAUGAUGCAGUGGGAAAUUGGUUCAGCGGAGUUUUCAUUCCCGAAGACGAUGCCAAACAUUUGGCGGCCGUGGAAACUGUCAUUUGUCUACAGCAUGCCGGCGCUUCAAUGCGAUCCAGAUGCACGAAACUUUACCCCGGGAAAAGUUUACUUCAAGUGGCAUUCUCGAUAGCACACAAAGAAGGUACUCUACUUCUCCCGGCGACUUUAGUACAGCUUGGUGUGGACAUUAACGAGGACGAUAUAUGCACUGCGGAGCAAUUCUUCGACGGAAUAGACCCCAAUAAAAUGGCUUGUGGGACAGUAAAGCCCCUGCAUGGACUUGAGCAGCUUAUUGCAUCUCUCGACGGCCAUAUCACCAAUUCCUCAGCUCAUCCUCGUCUCUAUUCCAUCGCUUGGGAGAAAGCCGUAGAUCUCAACGAAAACUUCACACGCGACAUAACGAAAGUCAAUACUGCACUCAGUCUUACCCUUACAGACCUGACCGAGCAUGCCCUUGCUGCUGCCAGGAGUGGAAACUUGACCGUUCUACGAAAGAUCUUACAAGAUUCUCGCGUAACCGCUGACACAAUCUCAGAUGGCCAGGGUGGUUCAUUAUUGCACAUGGCCCUGAGAGAACAGCCACGAACACAACCAAUAGCCACCCUCCAAAUGCUCCUAGAUGCUGGCUGCGACGCCCUGAAAAUAGAUUCGUUCGGAAAGCAGCCCAUGCAUGUUUGGAAUUGGAGCUUACAGCCCGAAUUAUUUGCUGAUGCGGCUCAAAUUCUGGCUGACAGAGGGUCGCUCUGCUCACAUCAAGAUUUCAGUGGGCGCAAUGUGCUUCAUAAUCAGAUCACUUCAAAACAUCGACUGGAAGCUGUCAUAAGAUGUCAGUCGAAAGACAUCGUCGAGGAAGCAAUGCAAGCGGCAGACAACGGAGGGCACACCCCACUUUCCAUGUGUCUGAACGCAAGGGAAAGGGAUUCAGCCGUGGUUCUGGCCACAUACAGCAAUAUCAUUCCUUCGAUGAUCAAGUCUCCUGGUUUAUUCCUCGGGCUUGUCAUAGAAGCAAACGCGGAGAUAUUCCUCGACAUGCUCCCAUGCUUUGAAGAUGCUGCUGUCUGUGAACCGAAGGAAAACCCACUGCGACAUCUUGGACCUGGCGCCACUUUGGGGUUCGUCCAUCGGAUCAAAACACUUUAUGCAAAGGUUUGUGAUCGUGCUACAUACAAAGAGACAGUAUUACAGGCAUACGUGCGGCGAUGCCUCGCAUCUUCAAAUAAUCGCAUGAUAGACAAGAACUGGGAGAUUUUGGACGAACUUUCCAUCUUGGACUCCCUUCAUGCCAGUGAAGGCGGUCCGCAGGCCACCUGGGAACAAUUUGCCGGUAUAGCGAUUCAUGAGUGCUUAAACAAUUUCCCGAGAGCUGAACGAUCCCCAACACUACUCAGCUCUCUGCUUCGCCUUAGAUAUCUUGAAGCAUUCGAGGAUCACACUGGCAAAUCUGGUUUAGUCCCAAUAUUCGACUCGGGUGUAGAACUGGACAGAUGGCAACGGCAUGGCCAUAUGCCAGACGAUCUCUGCGAUAUCAUUCGAAGAACCAAACACUGGACAGAAAUAAAGAACCACGAGCCACUAGUGGACCUACUCCGACAAGCAUUUCAAUUCUACGACUAUGAACUUGCAGAACUUCUUCUUCAAAAAGGAGUUAGCAUACAUGCUAGGUCUAACACGGCUAAAGAGUCGGCCUUGGAAUUCGCUUUGAAAAACUCGCUAAGUUCUCCGGGGGAGUUAGAGAAAAAGAUGAUUGAUUUGGCACUGAGCUAUACUGAUGCAUCUCGACUGAACGAGCCCAAUCCCAAGAAACACGGCUGUGCCUUGAUACAUGUCGCCAUUGGAGCACCAGAAUGGCUUGUACGCAAGCUCGUAUGUUUAGGGGCAAAUCCCAAUUUGCGGAUGGGCUCACGCCCAUACGAAACCCCGAUUAUCCGCCAUCUUUUGAAAAAUAAUCCAGAUAGCGCGAAAUCCAUCUUCAUAAAUGGCGGAGAUCCAGCUUUGACAGAUGACAACGGAUUUGAUGGGACUUUGGCUGCUGCCUACCGCGGGUUGGUGUCUUUCUUGGAGGAAAUUGCGGCCGAACCCGCUGGCGCCAACAUACAUUGGAGUCAGGUUUGUUCCCGGAAAAUCUUUCGCCAUGACCCUAAGAGGCUUCUCGGUGGCCUCGGCGCACUCCAUCUAGGAGCUGCUUGUGGGUCUGUUGAUGUUCUAAGAUUUUAUCUCGAGAACGACCUGCUGCAAGAUGUCGACGCCAAAGCCGAAGAUGGCUUCACACCUUUGCAUUUAGCAACAAUCAGAGGUCAUAUACAUGCUGUGGAAUACCUGUGUUCGCGAGGGUGUAACGUUAACUCACGUACAGAAGACGGGAGCUCUGCAUUACAUUAUGCAGCUAGAGCCAAAAGAUUGCAGGUCGCAAAAGCCCUGUUCCAAGCUGGAUGCAAGCCAUCACUGGAUGGAGCUGGGCUGCUACCAUCCUUCUAUGUCCCCAAGAAGAACAAGCGUCUGAUGGAAUGGUUCCAGUCCAUCGACACAAACUCUGCUCCGUUCAUGAACGAGUUUGGGCUAGGAAACAAUCCCCAAACGCUGCGUCAUCAAAAAAUGCGCCACGAGGCCUUCGCAGAUCAGUUUGAAGAAGCUGUUAAAGACGGUGACAUUGAGAUUCUUGAAGGUCUUCGCGAUGAAGGAUGUAGCUUUGAUAUGACUCUCAGUAGCUGUAAGGGCUGCUCUCCCCUCAUCCGAGCGGUUGAACUGGGUCAAACAGAUAUUGUCAGAUGGCUGCUUCAAAACCGAGCAGAUAUCACCAGAGAAGUCUGUCACUUGUCAGAUAGGAACUCCGCAAUGCAUCUGGUCUUGAGAAAUAGCGACCUGAACGGGGUGCUCCACGAAUGUCUGGAGUGUUAUGCUAGCGGAGGGGGCAGUUUCGCAGAGGCUGACCCUGGAUUUGUCGUCACGGCAGUGAAGUGUGGGAAUGUGAAUGGAUUGAGAAUACUUCUGGAAAUGUUCAAGAAUUCUCCAAACGUUAAGGAGUAA